AUGGUUUCAGAUGAUGUGGCCGUAACUAAGGAAUUUCAAGAGUCGGCCAAAGGAAAAUUUGAAAGUUGUGCUGAGUGUUAUUAUAAAUGGAAAUCAAAAAUACUAGACCAAAUAGAGUUGGAAAAAAGAAAAAUUGAACCCAUCCAGCAACCUACGUCUAAUAUAGAGCAUAGGCAACCACCUCCAAAUGUAUCAUGCAUUAAAGUACCACCAUGUGAUACAGAAGAAUUUUACGGUAGUUAUGAAGACUGGCCCGUUUUCAAAGAUAUGUUUACAGCGGUAUACAUAAACCAUCCAAAAUUGACUAAUGUUCAAAAACUUUAUCACUUACGCAAUAAAACUCGUGGUCAAGCUGGUACAAUUGUUAAAAGAUAUAUGCUUACCGAUGAAAAUUUUAAUUUAGCUUGGGAUGCACUCAAGUUAAGGUAUGAAAACAAGUGGUUAUUAGUAGACAAACAACUACAACUUCUUCUUGGUAUCAAAAUAGCAAACACAGACUCAGGUGAGGAAAUUCAACGAAUUCAGACUACAGUUAAUGAUUGUCUUACGAUACUUACUUCGCAGGGAAUAAGCAUAGAUAACUGGGACACAAUUCUGAUUCAUGUUUGUACCUGGAAACUUCCAGAGGAUACGCAAGCUCUUUGGCAGCGAGAGAUCGCCAAAAACCCCUUUCCUAAAUGGGAUACAAUGAAUAGUUUCCUCACUUCAAGAUACGAAGUUUUGGAAAGAAUGGACAGUAUUAGGAAUCCGAAAAUUCGUACACAUUCGCAAGAUAAUCAAAUAAAGUUCAACACCCAAUCACAAAAUAAAAACAAAUUUCAUAACAAUUCACAUCAACUUCGAUCACAAACUUACUUUACCGAGAAAAGUGUUCAUACAGAAACAAAACAAUGCAAAAUAUGUAAGAAGUCUCAUAUUUUACGAUCUUGUCCACAGUUUAAAGAGUUGAGGGUCCAAGAAAGAAUAGAUUUUGUGACAAAAAAUCAAAUCUGUGAAAAUUGUUUAUCACCACUUCACAAAACAUCCCAAUGUACAAGUACUUAUUUGUGCUUAGUUUGUAGACGCAAUCACAACACUCUUCUCCAUUCCGAUGGUCAAUAUCAAAAUGAUAACCCCACCUCCUCCGCGACAAAUAGAAGAUCACAAGUACAUUUAACACAGACUCAAUAUAAUGACAAUGAAGCAAUAUCACAUAAUUCGGAUGAUGAAAGUGCUCAAGUACAAACUUAUUUUACAGCCAAUAAGCCACAUACAAUAUUUCCCACAGCAUUAAUCACAAUCGAACAUGAAGGACAAGAAUUUAUAGUUAGAGCUAUGUUAGAUUUUUGUUCCUCAGGUUCUUUUAUUACUGAAAGGUUACAAGGUAAAUUGAAUUUGACCUGUACAAAUUUCCGUACUAACAUUUCGGGAAUGGGCGGUAAUGUAACAAGUAGUUCAGAUAAGUUAUGUGUUUUCAAGGUUGUAGAAAAGUCUCACAAAAUUGAAAUAGAUAUAGAAGCCGCUGUUCUAAAAAGGCUUACUAAGUUGUUACCUUCGUAUCCUAUUGAACAUGAAUACCUCGAUGGUCUCAACGAUUUAAAUUUGGCAGACCCCAAUUGUUUCAUCCCUUCCCAAAUUGAUGUAGUACUAGGCGGCGAGAUUAUCAAUAAACUAAUUAUUGCUGGAAGUAUAAUCAAAAAUAUUGGCUCUCUUACAGCAUUCAAUACUGUAUUUGGGUGGAUAUUAAGUGGUCCAGUAAAUUCCGUUAACGCUUAUUCUACAUGGAUUUCUUAUGAAAAUGAAGAAAGCACAAAUGAAUUAAUAAGAAAAUUUUGGGAAGUCGAGGAAGUAAGGGAAGAUAAACCACUUUCCGAUGAUGAUAAAUAUUGUAACGAUUUUUUUGAACGAACCACUAGAAGACUGCCAACGGGAAGAUUCAUGGUCAGAUUACCCUUUAGAAAAGAUUUUCCUUCCAAACUUACUCUUGGUCCAUCUCGAUUCAUUUCGAAAGCACAAUACAUACGAAUGGAGAAAUCAUUACAGAAAAACGAAGACUUAAAAACUCAAUAUACUGCAGUAUUAACCGAAUACUUGAACUUAGAUCAUAUGGAAAAAGCUUCAAACUUAGAAAUCCCACGGAAUGGGUGCUACUACUCAUUUUAUUUGCCCCAUCAUGCAGUAGUUAAACCCGAAGCCAAGUCCACCAAAGUAAGAGUUGUUUUCAACGCAUCUAAGAAAACCAACUCUGGGCUCUCACUUAAUGAUGUCUUAUAUACUGGUCCAACAUUGCAAUCGGACUUGACAAUGGUCAUACUUAAUUGGCGUUUAUAUCGGUUCGUAUUUAACAGCGAUAUGGAGAAAAUGUACCGACAAAUUUGGAUACACCCCGAUGACCGUAAGUUUCAAAAAAUUCUUUUCCGAAUUUCCGAUCAAGAAAUAAUUGAAGACUUUGCCCUGAAAACUAUUACGUUCGGACUAAAUUGUGCUCCUUUCCUUGCAAUUAAAACUAUUCACACAUUAGCAAAAAAUUGUACCCUUUCGUAUCCUUUAGCUUCUGCAAUUUUGGAAAAGGAAACCUAUGUUGAUGAUGUGCUCUCAGGUGGUCAUAAUAUGGCUGAAGCAAAGGAGGCACAGUCUCAGCUUAUAAAUGUUCUUCAAUCAGCAGGUAUAUCAUUACGAAAAUGGACUGCAAACCAUUCCAAUUUACUGAAAGACAUUCCUGAGAAAGACAGAGUAGAUACUAAUUUUUUAAAAUUUUAUGAUGCAAGUUCAACCAAAACGCUAGGCAUUAAGUGGAACGCAAUAAGUGACUCGUUUAGUUACGCAAUUACUCCCACUCAGACACCCACUAGUGCUACUAAACGCCAAAUCUUAUCGAAAGUUGCCACCUUAUUUGAUCCGGCUGGAUGGUUAGCUCCGAUUAUAAUUCAAGCCAAAAUGUUACUGCAGCAUUUAUGGCUCGAAGGAGAUAAUUGGGACUCUAAGGUUAAACCUUUAUCGCUACAAAAAUGGAUUCAAUUCAAUGAAAAUUUGCCCGACUUGAAGGAGAUUCAAAUACCAAGAUGGCUCAAUUAUUCCCCUAUGAAUAAAACCCAGCUUCACGGAUUCUGCGACGCUUCUGAAAAGGCUUACUGCGCUGCAAUUUUUCUGCGUAAUAUUGAAUCAAAUAACCAAGUAUCUUCGAAACUUUUAGUAGCAAAAACGAAAGUGGCCCCCCUACAAAAAACUAGUCUACCAAGACUGGAACUUAGCGGAGCAGUUUUACUCUCCAAACUUGUAAAAAAUGUUCUCAAUAACAUGAAUUUAAAGUCUGAUGAGAUAAUAUUGUGGUCAGACUCCUUAAUAGUUCUUUCCUGGUUAGACAAACCACCUCACGUUUGGAAAACUUAUGUGGCCAAUAGAGUCUCAGAAAUUCGACAAAACGUAAACAAUGCUACAUGGCGCCAUGUCCCAUCAGCUGAAAACCCUGCUGAUUUAGGUACACGAGGUUGUACCCCCAAAGAGCUCAAAAACAAUUCCUUGUGGUGGGAAGGUCCUAGAUGGUUAAUCCAGGAAGAAUACUACAAACAAUUCAUGGAAAUGACCUCAAAGAGUGUUAUUAAAAUGUAUCAAAGUCAUGGUAUGGAAUGGCACUUUAUACCCCCAAGUGGUCCCAACUUUGGAGGUAUAUGGGAGGCAGCCGUAAAAAGUUUUAAACGGCAUUUUAAAAAAACAGCGCAAAAUACGAUUUUUACUUUCGAAGAAUUUACAACGCUUUUAUGUCGAAUAGAAGCCGUAUUAAAUUCACGCCCAAUAUCACCAAUAAGUGAUGAUCCAUCUCAAAUUCUGCCUCUUACACCAGGCCACUUCUUACGAGGAAUGCCAAUAAUGGAAAUCCCGGAGCCUGACAAACUGGAUCUGCCUUUGCUUAAUAGAUGGGAAAAUGUAAAAAUCCUACAUCAUCGGUUUAGCAGGAAAUGGAAAGCAGAAUACUUAAGAGAGUUGCAGAAACGAGUAAAAUGGAAAUAUCCUCAAAGAGAGAUACAAUUAAAUGAUUUAGUAGUAAUUGUAGAUGAGACUCUACCUCCAGCAGAAUGGCGACUUGGCCGAGUGACUCAAGUCCACAUGGGAAGUGAUAACCACGUAAGAGUUGUGACUUUAAAAACCCAAUGUGGAUCUAUUACGAGACCUAUUUCAAAAAUUGUACUACUGCCCAAAGAAUAA